UCGUUUCGCAAUUCUGGGGGACAGAUCAUUUCAAACAACUUCGAAAAAUAUUUUCAUCCAAAAUGGGGGGGCGGAUAUUUCCGCUAGUGUGUUUGGUCAUCGUGUCUAGUAUAUCUGAAGUACUGUGUAAUGGAAAUGGUAGUUUAACCUUCGUCAUAGACGACACGGGAUCCAUGUAUAACGAUAUAGAUCAAGUGAGGGCAAGCGUGAACCAGAUCAUGGAUACUGUGUUCAAUGAAAAGUCAAGCUUAAUUGACAAUAUGGUUCUGGUCACGUUCAACGAUCCAGAUGCCAAAGUAAGAGUUAAUACAAGAAAUCGCUACCAAUAUAAGAGGAUACUGGACGAAGUUGAGGCUCACAACAUUAUUAACAAUGACUGUUGGGAGCCAGCGAUGAAUGGAGUACUCCUUGGAUUGAAUGAAAGUAAUCGCGACUCCUACAUGUAUGUGUUCACCGAUGCACCCGCCAGAGACUAUAAAGAUGCACCCCGUGUCAUAGAACUCUGCCAGAGAAAACGGAUUCAGAUAGUUUUCGUGCUUACUGGAAACUGUCGUUAUCACCCCUACUUAGUUGAAGCCUCAAAUGUAUUCUUUGAAAUAGCGAAGGCAUGUUCGGGACUCGCGUUCGAGAUUGAUAAAAGCCAAGUUUCUGAGGUGCUUGGACCUAUUAAAGAACUUAUAAAAGGCAAUAAAAGUAUUUUUGUAUCGACAACCAUAGAAGCCAAUGUUUAUAAAAAUAUCCAAUUCAGAAUAGAUACCCACACUGACUACGCCAUCAUUUCUGUAUCUGGUAAAACACCAUAUCUGGAAGUAAAAGGACCUGAGGUUCAAUUAGAAGACCUGAUGCGAAAUGAUAAUGGAAUUGUGGUUAAACUUAACAACAUCAGGCCUGGCGAAUACGUGGCUACCGUGGGUAGUAAGUCGAGAACAUCUAUCAUCAUUGUGGGCAGAACCGAUUUCUUUUUCACUCCUGGCUUUUCUGAGUCAAUGCCCAAGUCAGCAAAGGACGUAACGCCUCAGCCCAUUGCCGACACGAAAGUUCACCUAUCUGCAUCCGUCAUUGAUGAACAUAAUUCCGUGCAAAUAGUAACAGCGGAGAUUGUACAAAUGAACGACAAAGUCAUCCAAACGCUUCCUUUAAUCAAGGUUUCGAAAGAUUUUUACGUGACACAACCAUUUGUGGCUCCAUCGCAAAUGUUCAAAGUAGUUGUGAACGGCAUAGUGAAAGCAACGGGAUUGCCCAUAAAAAGGUUUGCCAAACUUCCAGUUACUUCGAUACCACAACCAAAAAGGCGACCUACUGCGGUUAUAACACAAGGCACAUCACUACAAUACGACUACAACGAUGAAGUGAAGUUAACUUGUAAAGUUGAAGCGCACCCAGAACCCAAAAUCAAAUGGGUUAACAGCAAAGGAUCUAGAAUCCAAUCGACGACUUCACGUACAGACGUACCCUAUGAAUACAUCAGUGAUAUAAAAACACAGGGGUCUAAAAGUGAUAAAUUCAUUUGCUAUGCCGAGAACAACGAAGGGAAAUCGUCAGCCUCUGCAACGGUCACAGUUAGAGACCCUUUUGUUGUGAAAGAAGUUCCAUCAGGAGUAGCAAAACUAGCAUACGGGGCAGAAGGCAUUAUAACCUGCGACGUCACUUCGAAGUUUCCAAUGGAGAUUCAGUGGUACCACAGAAACGAUAUCACAGGAAUGUCCAACAAGAUACAAACGUCUGACAAGUUCUGGGUAUCAGCAAGUCAAACGCAAAUAAAAAUAAGAAAAAUGGAUAUGGACUUAGCUGGACAAUACAUCUGCAAGGCAUUCUUGAAAAAUCAGAAGGACAUGGAAAAAGAAUUUAGAAUGCGCGUUUUUGUAGAUGGUUUAGUUCGUCCGAAAUUGUUGCCAAUACCCACCACAAAGAUUACCAAAGGCAAAAAUGGAGUCUUGGAAUGCAAGGCUUUGAGUGGCGUACCCGCACCAAAGAUAACAUGGUACUCAGGAGGUCAAACUGGUACUAAGUUCACACUUAUACCGGGUUCUAGCAAUGUUCUAAAGAUUACAAACGCGGAAGAGAAACAUGGAGGGAAAUACAAAUGUGUGGCAGUAAAUGAUGUCGGCAAGGAUGAGCAUAUUACCACAGUGAUCAUUCAAGAUCUACCUAAAAUUAUCAGGCCUGAUAGGUCUACGGUCUACAUGGGUACUGAAGGGGACGCAACUUUAAGUAUACCUUGCGUGGCAAGUGGUCUUCCGAAACCUACUAUUACUUGGGAGAUAAACAAUAAACCUCUUAACCUAGGGACGAAAUAUGCCAUUAACGAUGGAACUCUAGUUAUAAGACAUCCUACCAUAGAUGACUCUAAUUCAUACACUUGUGUAGCAAAGAAUGACGUCGAUUCAGUCAGCGAGAUAUUCAAAAUCUUCGUCCGACAGAUUCCUGAAGUAAGGGGAGUUGCUUCUAUUAAAGGGAUUGUGGGAAAAGCCGUCAAAGUAGAGUGCAGGGUUCACAAGGGAGUGCCGACACCUAUAAUUACUUGGAAAUACGCGGAUGAUGGCAAAAAAUUUGUUCCAAUACCUGGCUCCGAACAAGUCCUAUCCAUAUCAAAGGUGGAGAUGAAACACGCAGGACGUUACAAGUGUGUAGCUCAGAAUGACGUCGGAAGUGCCGAACACAACACCACACUUGUGGUACAAGAGGUUCCAAAAAUAUUAUCAAGUACUUCUGCCGUCUAUCAAGCCAUUGAAGGGGACGAGCUGUUGAGAAUUCCUUGUGUCUCAACCGGUCUUCCCAAGCCAAGCAUCACUUGGAAGGUGAACGGACGCUACAUUAUUUCAAACGCUAAAUAUUCCUUGGAAGAUGGUGCAUUGGUAAUAAGACACCCGACCGUGAGCGACACUAACCGGUACACUUGCGAAGCGACUAAUGAUGCUGGUCCGGCCAGUGCGACGUUCGAAACAUACAUUCGCCAGAAGCCUCAAUUAUCUGGAGUUGCUACUGAGACCGUUAGAGUAGGCCAUUCUGCGGUAAUAGAGUGCAAGAUCAUAAAAGGUGAACCCAAACCAAAAAUAUCUUGGUAUAUAGCGCAAGGUGCUUCUGAGUUUGAGAAAGCCGAAGCUCAUCACGAGAGGUUACAAAUUAUUAGUGCAGAGGACCGACACGCGGGCCGGUACAAAUGUGUUGCAGAAAACGAUGUUGGCAGCGCUGAACACGUCACCACACUUGUGGUUGAGUCUGCGCCCAAACUUACUUCAAAAUCUAAAACAGUGACUGCUAUUGAAGGAGAUAUUGCCUUAAGGAUCCCGUGUGACGUCGCCGGUGUUCCUCGUCCAGUUAUAACGUGGCUUCACACGGGCGUUAAAAUUACACCUAAUUCAAAGUAUGCCGUAGAAGAUGGAGAUCUUGUUAUCAAGAAUCCUACUAAAAAGGACAAAGGAAGCUACACGUGUGAAGCCAAAAACUAUAUUGGGUCAGUUAGUGCCACAUUUGAGGUCAAUGUUGAUGAGGGACUCGUUGAUUUUGGCACGAAGCAUAACGUAUAUUUGCUUUUGGGUGAAACAAAAAAAUUGGAAUGUGAUGCUUAUAAAUCGAAAUCCCAGUCGAUAAAGUGGUUUAAAGAAUUUGAUGAACUGAAAGAGAAAUUUGUUCAAAUAAACAAAGCUACUUACGCCAACGACGGUAACUAUACAUGCCAUGUGAGCGAUGAGCAUGGACACGUAGAAACACACACAUAUGUUGUAGACGUUGGCUCUAUUCCUAAACUUUAUACACCAAAUAAUCUAGAUGACUGGCGUGGUGACAUAAGAGAUAUUUUGUCAAACUGUGAAGUUAGUGAGGCAAAACCAGAAGCAAAAAUAAAUUGGUAUUUCAACGGCAAAGAGUUAACCGAUAAGGAGGUACCAGAAAUAGGAAUUCGAUAUAAUUGGGGUCGCUACACAUGCACGGCAACUAAUGUACACGGAUCAGUUAAGAAAAGCUUUGAUGUCAAGUCUUCAGUGUGUUUGAUACCUCGAAAUUUGAGAGACGCCACUAAUAUGCCACUUGUACUAACUAACGAAGGAACUUGGCCUAAAUGGGAGUUCACGGAUAAAUAUACAAUACUGGAACAAAAUGAAAAAAUUACUCUGUCCUGUCCAAAACAAGAAGGAACGUCAAAUACAUUCAGAAACUUUGCGGGGCAAAGUGAAUUAAAAGCAGUUUGCCUUAGCGAGGAUACGUUCCUGUUAAAUGAAAAAAAAUAUAAGCUUUCAGAUCUACAAUGCAAAAACAGCAUUCAGUUGUCUGUUCUUAGAGAGCCAGUUAAAUGCUCUAUACUAGCAGAGAAACCUGAAUUGAUACGGGUUGGCUACAAUGUGACUGAUUUCUUAGAAAUAUACGACGUGUGUUACGAUCAUGCCAAAAAUAUGCCUCUUAUUGCUCGCGCAUCGUUGACCAAAACUGAUGACAGUGUAGGCACCAACAGCAACUGGUUUAGUUAUCCAGGAAUUGGAGAUACGAAAAUUGCGAGGGGAUUUACCUGUAAAGACUCAAAAACAUUUUGUUGUUAUGGAAAAUCCCAGCUGUUGAAUGCAAAGGACUUCAAUUAUGAAACUGCAAAGAAAAGCACCUUCAUUGAUUAUCUAAAUGGAAUCCCAAUCUGGCGUCCUUGUGGUUCACAGACCAGCUGGGAAAAAGUCGAUGACAUGAUUAGAAGACAAUUGGAGGGCGAAGAUGAAAUGAAGACCUGGUCUGGUACACACACUUUUGAAAAGAAAAAUGGAGCCAUCAUACCGCGAUACUUAUGGAAGGUCAUAGCAUAUGAGAGUGAGGAUCCGCUGGCCAUAGUCCACGUUAACAGUGGUGAACCAACAGAGAAGGACAUCAAAUGUAAGAACAUCUGCAACGAUGACGAUCAACCGUGGUUCUCAGUCAAAGACGAUUACACUUACUGUUGCUCUCUCACGGACUUCUUAGAUGCAUUUGAUUUGCAUGGCAUGAAGAUUGGCGAAUCACCUGAAUAAUAUGAGUAACUGAAGAAACAAAUUAUGAUAAAAAAAAAUUGAAAUACAGAAUAAUUUUGAAACCUUCAUGUCCUUACAUUUAAUGAAAUGUUAAGCUCUCUACCUAAGUACGAAAUGUAUGGAAUACAUAUGUAAUUAAGCCUUAAUAAUAUAUCUAUAUUUUGUAUAUUGUAAUUCAUAAUAAACCGAAAAUGAAAAAUUAGCUCAAUAAGAAAAACAUUUUGCAAAAGUAAUAAGUACUUAGUACACCUUCCUAGAUUGUGAAUGGUACCUAAGUAUUUGUAAUAAACAAUAUCCACA